GUCUUUAUUCUCUGGAAGAGGCAGCAUGGAGUCUGAUCCUGUCUGCUCUCCUAGCCGUCUGCCAUGUGACACCCUGGGACUCACCGCGCUGGCCUCUGCACACCUCCCAGCCUGCCUGGACUCUCCGGCUUGGAGGGUGUGAGGUCGGCUCAAACAGUGUGUGACAGCUAGGCUGACUUUGGGAGAAGCUACUCGAAGAGGAGGCAAAUGGAGCAAGGAAUGCUAGGUGAAGGAGGCCCUCAGACUGGCACCAUGACGGAGUGCUUUGACUGCGACAACUGCAAGGAGUCCUUGUAUGGGCGCAAGUACAUCCAGAUGGACAAUGGCCCAUACUGCAUCCCCUGCUACGAUGCCCACUUUGCCAACACUUGUGAUGAGUGCAAGGAGCUGAUCGGCCAUGACUGCAGAGAACUGUACUAUGAGGAUCGCCAUUACCACGAGCAUUGCUUUCGUUGCUUCCGCUGUGACCGCUCUCUGGCUGACGAGCCGUUCACCUGCCAGGACGAGGAGCUGCUGUGCAAUGACUGCUACUGCAGCGAGUUCUCCUCAAAGUGCGUUGCCUGUGAGAAGACGGUCAUGCCAGGCUCCCGCAAGCUGGAGUACAACGGGCAAACCUGGCAUGAACAUUGCUUCAUAUGUAGCAGCUGCCAGCAGCCCAUUGGGUCGCGAUCCUUCAUCCCAGACGAGAAGGAUUAUUACUGUGUCCCCUGUUACGAGAGCAAGUUUGCUCCUCGCUGUACUCGUUGCAAAAAGUCCCUGACCAAGGGAGGAGUGACUUACCGGGACGAGCCCUGGCACAAGGAGUGUUUUGUCUGCACGGGCUGCAAGACCCCCCUGGCUGGCCAGCAGUUCACCUCCCAGGACGACAACCCCUACUGCGUUAAGUGCUUUGGGAACCUCUAUGCCAAGAAGUGCAGUGCCUGCACAAAGCCCAUCACAGGCUUUGAUGGUGGAAAAUAUGUCUCCUUUGAGGACCGUCACUGGCACCAUAAUUGCUUUAACUGUGCCCGCUGCAAGACCUCGCUGGUUGGGAAAGGCUUUAUCCCUGACAACGAUGAGAUCUUCUGCCGCGACUGCAGCAACGACCUAUGAGCCUCCAAGCACGCCGCGGGGCAGGGGCUUUCUCUAUUCUUCAGGGUCUUUGUGCCAAAUAUCCCCAAUACCAUUUCACGGGCAGAGCACAAGGCACAGGGGAUGAGGGCUGACCCCGAGCCGCGGUGUGUUCAGGAGGUUCUUGUGCCCCUCCCUGAAGGCUAGAGUAUGCUAUGCUAAGGCUCUGUGCAGAGCCAAAGCUAAAUAAAAGUUGAAAAAGGAGCUUUAAGAUCCCCCAUUAUUUAGUCUUUCCUUUUGCUUCCUGUCUGAUUGGGCACUAGCUGAGCCCAGGGCCCCCAGCUGAGCAAAGGGCAGGCAGCGCUGGUCUGCUGGAUCUGCACGCUGGCAGCAUGUAUUCACUCCUCUCUUGCACAGCGCUGAUUUUUCUCCUUUCCCUGUGUGCUCCCUUUGCUCUGUGUGAUCAAGGCAGCAGCUCCUGGACCACGCAGCUUGGCCUUGCCAGCCUGUGUAGUGGGUGGCUUUGCAGCACAACCUUUUCCCUGCGCGUGGUUUGGCCUGGGGCACUGCAUGACCUGAGCCCGAAAGGUUCUCCCUGCCCCAUCUGGGAGGUCUGGGGACACCGUGCUGGAGCACGGCCAGAGGAGCAUGCAUCACGCCAGAUGGGAGACAACCCCAAUUUCUCUAGCCACCUCACCUUUUCUGAGCCCAGACCCUUUUCAUGUCUCCAUGGAAAUGCUCCCACUCAGAUGCGGAGAAGGACCUGGGACCGCCAGCAGGCAUGGAGCACUCCAGCCCUGCCGCCUUUCUGCCCCGUUCCCGUCCUCCUGUCUGUGCCUUCAUCUCCCCCGGCCGCCCCUGUUCUGCUCAGCCCUGAAGCCACGUUGCAGCUGUUUACAUGUGUGGCCAUGUUGGCAGCUACCUGAGCUAAAGCUGGUGACGCUGCAUGAGACACUUCUAGCAAAACGGUGGAAAAGGGUGUUUUGGAGGCUGUUAGAGCACUGAGGGUUUUAUUCCUGCUCGUUCCCUCUCACGAGGAGCUGCAGAAUAAGGACUGCCUUGCCGAGCCCAGCCAGCAGUGACACGAGUAUCACCAAAGACAUUUCAUUAAUUUUGGGGAGGGGAAGAGGUGUCUGCAGGCUGCUGCUGUGCUCGGUGGCACCUGGGGCGGUUGGAGAGGGGAGGGCUUGAUGGUGGGUGCGAAGCAGGGCCUCCCCCAGCCUGCUCCUGCCAGGGCCGAGUGCUCGCAGCCAGCAGAGUAAGGGGCUCCGGGCUCCCUGGCCAUGCUCGUCCCCAGCGUGUGUCCCGAACAAGAAGCAAAGCAAGGGUAGCAUCUGGGCUGCAGCUUUGCAUCUCCGAAGUCCCUGCUUUGGCCUUAACUGCAAAAUAGCACCCAGGCUGCUGAGCCCUCCCGGUGUCACGCGAGAGCCUGUGCUACCCUUGCCCGUGGCUGAGCCAGCCCUGGGCCCUCCAUGGUCCCUCUGGGGACUCGUGCCUGCCUUGCCUCUAUGUUGCCCUUGCUCUAUCUUGCUUGGGGCACUUGUGCCAAGCCUGCUUUCUUGCUUAGCCGCAUGCUUUUCUCAGUGCAUCUUCCUGUGGGUUUUUUUUUCUUCCUUUUGUACUCUCUUGUCAUGAAUAUCUGUCAUUUUGUAGCCAAACUGCAGGAUGAAGGGGCUAGCCCCCCGUCACAGGAUUCACUUACGAGCGGGGAAUGUUAUGCAUGUUGAAGAGUUAUUACUUCUGUAUUCAGAUCCUUACUGAACCCUCGUUUGAAAGCUUUGAUGCAGGCAAAUCAGAGUUUGUGUGUUCGCUAUUCUAAGGAGCUUGGAGCAGUCUCUAGAAGGAAGUGUCCUAAACCUCAGCCUCCUGUAUGUUUCCUAAGGCUUUAUAGAAUAAAUUGUUUUAGUGACA